CCGGAAUCAUCGUCAAAACUCAUCAGGAAUAACUGUAAGGGUCGUUUGCGUGAACCUCCCAUAAAACCCACUGAAUCAUCCUCAACAGUGGUGCUUUAUGAGUGGAAAAGUAUGGACGUACGAUUGGUGCUUAUCCUCUUUCACUUUUUUCUAACAUCCUGGGCAAUUUCCGUGCGUGACUAUGCAUCGAGUAAAUUGGAGGAGCACGCAGUGAGAGAACUUCCGCAAAAGAUUGAUACUGGCCCUUUGGAUGAGGAAAAAUUCUCCAUGACCACGUUUAAUGUACAUUUUGACUGCAAGAAUACAUUUGAAGGGCGAAUUAUUGAAACAGAAUUCAAUCUUUUGCUCUUGAGUGGUCCCCGACUCUAUGUGAUCAAUACAAAUUCCAGUGGUAGCACAUUGGACGAAUUGGCUGUUCUUGGUGAUGUAAAAUCAUCUCCCUUAAAUAUUCAGGCAACAUUCUGGACCAAAGAGAAAAUAAUUGUAGUUGUGGCUUUUUCCACACACUACAAUAUCUACAAAGUGCCUUUCAAUACGAGUGGUGAAUCCAUUUUCUUGCCGCCCAUCCAGAAAAUUAGCAUAAUUGAGGAAAUACCAGUGAAAAUUGCUUUGUAUCGUCGAAAAGAGGAGCUCUACUGUCUACUAGUCAGCAAAAUUAGUGGGCACCGAGGCAUUUUGAGAUUGUUCAAUUGGCAUUUGAUGCAUUUCAAGGAGGAAGUCCAACGUUAUGUCUCAUGGAUGAGUGAUUUAUUGCACAUUAAUUGGCAGGAUAAUGAGAAGGCGGCAAUUGCUUCAAUUUACUAUGGUCGAGAGAAGGUGGAAAUUCAUCUGUUGGAUGGUUACAAUUUACAGCAAUUCCAAACACUCCAUGUUCAUGGGAAAUUUAUACGUUUCGUCCAGAUAUUGGGAAGGGUAUUCUUACUCAUUUGUCCAUCAAUUCACUGUGAUGUGUACAGGUGGAGUGAGAGACGCUUCAAUCACUGGCGUCGUGUUAAUUUGCCAAGUGAUUUCCAUGAAUUUCACACUGGACACAAUGUGAUAAUUUAUCGAUUCAAUCACACCAUGUUUGUGAGCAAUCGUGUGGAUUUAACACCAAUUGGGACAAUUAAUUGUACAACAGCACGAAUUUAUUUGCACAAGAUGCACGAUAGUCAGACAAUUUGGGCAGUUUCGGUCUUCCUGGAGCCACCACAGUUGAGGCUAAAUUUCAUUGAAAUAUCCCAAAAUGCCAUUGAGACUGACAGUGAGGAAUCCUCCGGGAGGCAUCUGGAGGAUGAGGCAUCAUUUACAAAAUUUCUCCAAUGUGCCAAUAUGUUGAAAAGUCAAUUUCAUACAAUUUAUGGUGCAAUUACAAAAAUUGCAUCACUCAAUAGAACAAUUCUGCGACGUGAUCGUCCAGUGGAAAUUUCCGGGAAGUUGAUUGUGAAAAAUGUGACGAGAAUUCGGGAGAAUGGGAAUGUUGAUGGGGCAAAUGUGGCCAUUGGCAUUGUUUCAACACCCACGGAACUCCUGAAAAAUGUAGCACAACUUAAUUUGCGCAAAUUAAAAUUGCAGACAGAGAUUGAAAAGGUUUCUGAAAUGUUCAGCAAUGCAUUGCACAAUUCUACACAGAGAUUUUCUCGAGAUGUUGAAAGUGGAAAAAAUGGGACAAAUUAUGGUGAAAAAUUGUCUUCAAUCCGAAGACAGAAGAUUCGUGUGGGAAAUUUGCGUACAAAUAGUGAUAAAUGGGUGAAUCUCCUCCUCAAGAAAUCACCCAAAAGUCAGCAUCUCAAUAUAAGUUGGCUGAAGAGCCUCCGGGCGACAAAUCUCAAUAUUUCAGCCAAAGUCAAUGGCAUCAAUAUCACCCAGGAUAUUUACAAUCAGAGCCUUGUGCAAAAUAAAAUUGUCAACUUUUUUCACUGCAAGCAUCUCAUUGUGAAAAAUACCAUAAAUUCCAUUCAUAUUAAUGACUUUUUUGGCCUGUUUGCCAAAGGACGCAGUCACAAUUCACCCAGUUUUCAUGUUGAUCAAGUGAUUGUAGAGAAUAUUCAAGAGAUGAACUUUGACACCUUCUAUCAGUCUCUCUUCCUGCAAAACACCUCCCGGGAGAUUGAUGGAAAUUUAAUUUUCUACAAUGUGACCACAGUGAAAGAUCUAGAGGUGAGGACCAUCAAUGGAAAAGCCACAAAUGACCUUGUGACCCUGCACACAAAUCAAAUCAUCAAUUCUACCAUUCGCAUCAAUCAAUUCCGGGUGGAGCACUUUGUGACUGACACUGUGAAUGAUAUUAAAUUCAGAAGGGAGAAUUUGGCACUCAUCGGCAAGGAUAAUCACUUUGAAGGUCCAAUUCAACUAUAUGGAUUGUAUGCCAAAGACGUGAUGCUUGCUGAGGGUGAUGAGGAGAUUCCUGAUCGAAUUAUUGGGACACAUAUUGAUGAUUUAACUCAAGUGUAUAUGGGUCAAGUGACGCUAAAGGGUAAUCUCCAUGUUGAGACCCUCCAAGUUGCCAGCAAAAAUAAUUUCUUGGCCAAAAACCCCUUCAACUUGUCCAGCCUCGGGGAAUAUUGGUACAAGGGAAUGGAUCAAGAUUUUAGCAAUGUCAUUUUCUACGGGAAUAUUACAAUGCCUCAGCUUCACAGUGAAUAUAUUGAUCACCAUCCUGGGGGUGAUUUUCUCAAGACACAUGAAGAAAAGAUGCCCAAAAAUGGUACAUUUUUCCUAAGGUCAGCUCAUGUUGGGGGCAAUGUGAGGCUAAAUAGUGGAGCUCAGACAACAGCUAACAUUAUCAGUGAUUCUUGCGUUAGGGUAGAUGAUAGAACUGUUGUGAGAGGAGUGAAAAACUUCACAGGGAAUCUCACAGUUGACAAUGUCAUAACAACUCAUCUCAAUGAUGAUCUCAUUGCAAAAUUGGUCCUUAGAAAUUUCACACAAUUAUCAUUUGCCAGCCAUAAGCAUUUUUCGCACCUUCAUGUGCAGAAAAAUCUCACAAAUUCAGCCAAAAAUGUGAAUAUUGAUAGAAUUCUUGGGGAUGACCUUCGGGAAUUGAUGGAAUCGUGCCUGAUGAUCGAUAAGGCUGAAAAUAUCACCUUCGUGCAGGCAAAUGAAAUACAAUCACGAGACAUUGAGGUAGUAAUGCUGAAUUCUGUGCCAUUUGCAAAAUCAAUACAUGAUAUUGAGAAGAUGAAAAUUCAUGUAGAAAUUCAAGGGGAUGUCACCUUUACCAAAAUUUCUCACCUCCAGCAAGUGAAUGGGGUCAAACUCGAUGAAUUUCUGCCCCUUGUAGCCCAAUCUGGUAAAUCCCUGCAACUUGGUGGUAUUAAAAAUUUCACUGAGAAUGUGAGAAUUCUCGAGGAUCUCACAAUUGGUCAAAUAAAUGACCACAUAUUGGACAAUUGGUUGAGAAAUGCCCUUGUGAAUGGCACAAAUCAGAUUGUUAAGGAAAAAUGGACAGUGAGUGAGAUGAAGGCGGCCAAAAUUGAUGUAGACACCAUCAAUGGGAUUAAAGUGAAGCACUUGAUGGACUCCAAUGGUGCUGCUCACUUCGAAACGAAUGUCCAAGUGGAGGAAAUGACGGUGAAUUCCGGCGAUAUCUACGGUAGAAGCAACAUUGACUUCAAUCGCACCGUGAAAUUGCUGAAAACACCCAUCAUUCGACGUUGGGGUACACUUCAUAUUGAGAAAAAUACACACUGGCCCCUUGGGAGUCUCUCACACCUCACAGAACUUCUAACAAAUGCCAUUCAUGCCCAUCGGGAUCAGGAAAUUGUCGGAGAAGUGCACUUUGUCAAUGCCUCAGUGGACAAUCUCAAUGUGAGAUUGGGUAUUCAGGGGAUUUCUGUUGAGAAUCUUGCUCAGGAUUCCCUUAGGAGGAAAGAUGCAGAUAAUCAAGUGAUUUUCGGUGAUAAAACCUUCUGGAAUCCCAUUGAGGUGCACAAUCUCAUUGCUAAUGAUUACCUAAAUGUACCAAUUGUCAACAAUGUGGACAUACUCAAAUUGAAUGCAACAAUGCUGAAACGACAUCAAGGGAGCACUUGGAUAGGACAUCAAUGGAAAUUUGGCGCAAAACUGAAGGCAAAGAACUUGGUAGUUUAUGAUGGAGCAAUCAACAACGUUUUUUUGGAAAAUUUGGCCACAACUCCUCUGGGAUUCGAUGAAAGUCUCCCAUUAACCUUUUUCCACAAUCUCACCAUUGUGGGCAAUUUAACAGUAACUUUUGUGGACAAAUUGCCUAUGCAUCAUUUGAUCUUGGAGAGAGCCAAGAAGAGAGAUUUGAAAAAUCAAGAUUUUUAUGGAUUUAUUACAUUCAGGGAUGUUAUUUUGUCCGAUUUUGCCGAUAUUUUUUCCAUCAAUGGCUUGGAGAUAAAUUCCCUGUUCCUCACAAGAGCAUCCCAUGAGCAAGAUGUUGUGGGUACUAAGGUAUGCCAUGGCAAUCUCCAACUCCUGGGACCAUCAAGUGUUGUAUUUUUAAAUGGACGAGACAUUGGGGAUUUGCACUACAAUUCCCUCUUCUUGGCGAAAGAUCACAUUGUGGAGGAUUAUGGAUUUACGAGGGUGCAACUGUUGCAGGAAUUGCGAUUGAAAGAGUCCCUAAAUGGCAUCCAUUUGGACACAUUUAGGUGGAUGGAGAAUUCUAGUGUGGCUGGGAUGCCUGGAUGGAGGGAUAUUGAGGAGGAAAUUCACAAAAUAAUGCAUACAAUUGGGGAUUCAGGGAUUUCAUCUGUGGUUGUGCCAAAGAAAAAGCGCUUCAUUUACUUUGACUAUUUGAAUUCAACAGCAUCGAAGGGUGGAUUGAGUGUCAGGGUUGUGCGCUCCGUGAAUAUUGAUGCAGGUGAUUCUGGAUGGAGAAACUGUGCACGGAGGUACAGUGUUAAAAUGCUUGAGGACAACAACAUUGUGAUACGUCAGGUGGAAAGUAUGCCAAAAAUCACCUCAAAGGCAUGGAAUGGUGUGGAAAUAUCAGCAGGAGGGAAUCACGUAAAAAAUUGCAUUUCAUGGCCAGAGACAGCUGAGAAUACCACAAUCACAUAUACAGUAAGACAUGGUGGAAAGGUGCGAGAAUUACUGGAAAUGUAUCGAGGGAGAAUUUUUCAUGUUGAAUUUCUCAAAAUCAAAAAUAUUCACAGAGAAAUAUUGGCUACUCUUGGGAGUAUUGAGGGCAAUUUGACCCGAAUAUUUCUCAUUGGUAUCAAUAGGAAUACCCCAAAAGCCACCAUCAAACAAACCCUAUCAAUUUCCUCAGCAAACACCUCGGUCUACGUGAUGGAAUUCAAGAAGAACGUGUAUCUAGUCAUUGGCACUCCCAAAAUCACCCUCGAUGGUAAAGUUUUGGUAUACAAACUCUCCAGCAAUGCGACAGAGUUUACCUACCUUCAGACCAUUGAAGGAAAUUACUUUAUGAUCAGGUGCAUUGAUGCUCUGGGUAUGAUUAUCUUGAGCAACAGAGGAAGUACUUCUGUCAAUAUCUACCAUUUACCUGAUAACAGUGAGGAGUUUAAACUUUUCCAGAGUAUCAAAUUGCCAUCAACUCUUCAUACACUCAGCACAUUUGCCCUCGUGGAAAAUCAAUUUUUCGUUAUCACACUACGAAAUGAUUAUUUUAUCAUCUACAUGUACAACUACAUUGAGGGCUGGAUCCAAAUCUGCGAAAAUCAAUAUCCGGCUAUUGAAUCACUGACGCCAUUCAGUCUCGCCGGUGAAGGAUACCUCUUAGCGAUCGCUGCCAAUUCCUCCAGAGCCAUUGCCAUCUUUUCGCAGACAGUAAAUUAACAAAUUGGACACCUGAUGCAAAAUUUUCUUCUACACAUAAUUUAUUUAUUGCACUAUAGUUUCCAUUUAGUGUUUUUUUUUUCUUUGCUUUCAAUUAUUCUGUUGUCUGUCUUUCAUAUUGUUUCUUAUUUUUUUUUUCCUCAUCUCAAUAAAGCAUAAUUUAACUGA